CCAGGUGCAGUGAACUUCUGUGAGCCAGUGAAGCUCACCCCCAUGCAGUUUUCUGUGCCUAUUACCUGGGCUGGUCUCUGCUGUACCAUGAGAUGUGUCUGUUCAGUGAGUCUGUACAGGACAAGACGGGUGACAGGUAUGGUUUGGUCCUCUAGUUGAGGCCACAGAACUCUGGAUGAUCUUACAUACCCUUUGAGCUAGGAUACCUAGGCACAAUGAGGUCAUAAAUAAUGCCUGUGCAACUCAAGCCAUAGUAAGUGUGCUGUUAAACUGUGCUCAUCAAGACAUUCAUCUAGGAGAGACCUUGUCAGAGUUUAAAGAAUUUUCCCAAAGCUUUGAUGCUGCAAUGAAAGGUUUGGCACUGAGCAACUCAGAAGUGAUUCGGCAAGUUCACAACAGUUUUGCCAGACAACAGAUGUUUGAGUUUGAUGCAAAGUCUUCAGCAAAGGAAGAAGAUGCCUUUCACUUUGUAAGCUAUGUUCCUGUUAAUGGGAGGCUAUAUGAGCUAGAUGGCUUAAGGGAAGGACCAAUUGAUUUAGGUGCAUGCCGUCAGGAUGACUGGAUAAGUGCAGUGCGGCCUGUCAUAGAGAAGCGCAUACAAAAAUACAGUGAAGGUGAAAUAAGGUUUAACUUGAUGGCUAUUGUGUCUGACAGGAAGAUGAUAUAUGAGCAAAGGAUUGCAGAGCUACAGCAGCAACUGGCAGAGGAGGAGCCUAUGGAUACAGACCAAAGUAGUAAUAUGUUAAGUUCUUUACAAUCAGAAGUUGCAAAAUACCAGAUGUUAAUUGAAGAAGAGAACCAAAAAUUAAAAAGAUAUAAGAUUGAAAAUAUUAGAAGAAAACAUAACUACCUGCCUUUCAUCAUGGAAUUGUUAAAGACUCUAGCAGAGCACCAGCAGUUAAUACCAUUAGUAGAAAAAGCAAAAGAAAAACAGAAUGCCAAGAAAGCUCAGGAGGCCAAAUGAAGAUGACUUUGCAAAACACAUACUUGCUUCUCUUACUAUUUUCAUGACAACAAAUAAAACUUUUCAUAAACUUCAAUUUUUGUCCAGUG